AUGAACGAACCUAAAUAUAAAUUCAAGAGAAAUAUCAACAGUAGUAGUUAAAUAGGAAAUACGGUAGUUGUAGAAGAUGAAGAAGGAAGAGAAUUUUCCAAGAAAACUAUCAAGUCAGAAUAUUAUGAUUCGUGUAGGGAGGCUGUCGAACUUCUAAAAACAAUCUAACAUCCAAAUUUAGCUAAAAUUAUAGAUACUGUAGAAGAUAGAGAUAAAGGAGAGAUUCACAUAAUUGUGGAGUUUUAUGAACUGAAUUUAGAUGAUUUAAUUUAGAAGGAUCAAAAGUUUUUUUAAAAUCAAGACAAUUUAUUAGACUUUGUUAAAUAAAUAAUCAAUGGUUAUUGUCGAUUAAUGGAACUCAAGGUUAUUCAUCGAAAUCUCAAGCCAAAAAAUAUACUCUGCAAUAAAAAAGAAAACAACAAAUAUGAAUUCAAGAUAUCAGAUUAUGCGUUCGCUAAAGUUAAGAGUAAAUUUGCCCAUGAUAUGACCUUUUUUGAAGGAAAUGACUAUUAUUAAGCUCCGGAGCUAAAAGACGAUAAUUAUGCGUAUCGAUGUGAUGUUUAUUCUUUUGGUCUCAUUCUUGCAUAGAUAGUAUUUAAUAGGAAAUUAUCUGAAGAAGAAAAAUAAAACUAAAAAUUUCCUGACAAUUAAAUUGUAUUUGAAGAAAUACUAAUAAAGUCUAUGCUAAUAAAAGAUCACUCUUAGAGGAUAUCCUGGACCUAACUUAGAUUAAAAUAUUUCUAUAAUAUAAAAGAGUUAAGUCGGGAAAAAGUGUUUAGGGGUAAAAACAUUAUUACUCAUGAAAUGGUUUGGAUUAAACAAAUAAACAAAAGAGUGAGUAGUAAUAUAAUAGGUGACACUAAUGAGAUUAAUAUUAACCUUAAAUUUAAGAAUGGGCAAGAACAAAACGAUCAUAUUGUUAAAGUUUUAGAGAUUUUAAAUGAAGAUUAAUAUCAAUAUGCCUUCUUGAUCAUGGAAGAUUGUGAUGGAGAUCUCAUGCAGUUUAUAAAAAAAUAAGGUAACUUCACAUAUGAAUAGAUACUUGAAUUCCUCGAAUAAUUAUGUAAAGGAUAUCAAUUUCUAAUAAAAUAGGAGAUUGUUCAUCGUGAUCUUAAACCUGAAAAUAUACUAUACAUCAAAACAGACAAAGGGAUUUUAUACAAAAUUACUGACUUUGAACAUAGUUUUGAUUUGAAAAUGAGUAAGAAAUCUCCUAAUACAAAAACUGGGACACUCAAAUACUAAGCCCCUGAAAUUGACGCAUAAAAAGAUUAUGAUAACAAAUGUGAUAUUUUUUCAUUAGGAAUCAUCAUAUUGGUAUUGUCAACUUCCAAAGAAUUUUAAGUAGAUUAAUUUAACAAUGUGAAAAAAAGAUUAGAAGAAGAAUGUAUCAUAAAAAUACUUCAAGAAAGAUCAUUUGGGUUCGAUAUUUCGAAGUUAGAUUAGAGGAUAAUAGAAUUGCUUAAGAAAAUGAUAAGAUAUAAUCCUGAGGAUAGAUUAUCCUGGGAAAAGUUAAUUUAAUAUAUCUAAGAUUAAAAGUAAUAAAACUUACCUAUCCAAAGAAACUUUUAACUUAGUAAAUCUAAUAAUAUUUUCAAUAAUGAUUAAUCUUUUAAAUUCCAAAAAUUCAAUUCUAAUAACUAAAAAUUAAAUUAAUAAUUUGUUGUAUAAAACUAAUAAAAAAGCGACAAAAAUGUAAAUAAUUAAGAGUAAUAUCAAUUCCCAUAAUUUAACCAAAAACUUGGAUAAAGUAGUAAAUUUUAAAACGGGAAAGAAUUUCAAUUCCCAAAAAAUAAUAAUUAAUUAUCGACCACUGGAAAAUCAUCUUUAUAAUUCUAGACCACUAAAUGGUAGCAAUCAUCAAAUCAAAAUUAAUUUGAAUAAAACUAGUUGACUUAAAAUUCUUCUCAAUAAACUAAGAUAUCGACAAGUUAAACUAUUUAAGUUAAAGACCAGAAAAUUCAGAACUAAUAAACCUAAAACUAGAAAAAUGAACUUCAUCCUACAUUUUAAAUUGAUUAACAAUAAAUACCUCAAUAAGGAAAUUAAACUGGCUGGGGGUUUACAUAGUCGUAAUCAGCAAAUCUGAGUUUAUAAGCAUAGAGCUGUAAUUCUAAAUAAUAUCCUGGUUUCACUUCUUCAAUUAACAAAUUUUCCAAUUAAUAAUCUCAAAAGUCACCGAUUUAAGAUUAAUCACAUGCAAAAUAUUAAUAAGCCCAAACCACUAUUUUUAAUAAGGUUACCCUUCCAAAUGAUUAAUCUAUUCAAUCUAGCAAAGAUGCUAAUAAAUCAUCUCUAAAUAUCAAUAUGAAAGGUUAACAAUAAAUAAGUCAGAAUUAAUUCGCCAAAAACUAGUAUAAUUGGCAACCCCCUACUUUUCAUAAUUUCUCCACUCCUUAGCCACAAUAACCAUAAAAUUAAGUUAAAUACACUGCUUAAAACAAUUGGUAAUAUUAACAAAAUACAAUUCCCAUUAACCGUUUUUCCAAUUUACAUUCAAGAUAAUUUUAUGGAAAUUGA